AUUAUUCAUCAAAGUUUGGGUGGACACUAUUCAGGCCUCCUAAAAGAAAAAAAUACAUAAAGCAAAGUUGUCCUGUCUGGCCCGCGUGAAAAUAUUUAAUUGUACGUUGACUGACUUACUGUGUGAACUGGUUUUGAUCAAUUCAUGAUGCAUUUUGAAGAACUUCGUCCAGUUUUUAGAUGCUUCAGAGCUACUGAGAAGAACAAGCAGAGGAAGUAACUAGGCAAAUUUUCAGGAUGCCCGAUCCAGUGGCUUUAACGCAAACAGUCGUAGCUGGAGCCGAUUUUGGAAUUAAACAAGGCACUGGCACUAUCAGCUAUCUGAAGAGGAAACACGGCUACUUCAAAAAUAUCACAACGAAUUAUAACAAACUUGACGAGGAAUAUAAAAAACUUUGCACUCGAGAGGAAGAUACAAAAAUCAGACUGGAGAGAUACGAAACAGAAGUGGAUGAGACACGGGAAAGCAUAUUAUGGCGGGAAAAAGUGGAAAAGAUGAAAGAUGAAGUCGAAGCAUUGAUGAAUGAGUAUCGAAAUCGUCCUUCCGGGCGUAGACACUAUUAUUAUCUCAUGAAACUUGGUAAAAGAAUUGUGAAGAAGACAGAGGAGGUAGUUUCUCUAACGAAUGACAGGGAAAAAAUACCCAAUAUAAUGGUUAAGAAGUCGCCCGUUCCACACACAAGCAAUCCUACCAACAAAAUUAGUGAAUUCCCAUCUGUUGAAGAAGCUGUUAAAAUGCUACAAGAGUAUCUGAGAGAAGAAAAUAUCAAAACAAUUGGUGUAAGGGGACCCAUAGGGGUUGGGAAAAGUACCAUAAUGAAUCGGCUGCAGCAAGAAAUUGAGAAAUCUAAUGACUUUGACUUUGUGUUUUUGGUGAAGGUGGGCAGGGAAGGCGAUGAAGGAGACAUACAACAUGAGCUUCUGAAGCGGCUCAAGGAAAAGCCCAAAGAACUCAGCGAUGAAGAAAAAAAGAACAGGAUUUAUGAAAAGCUGAAGAGCUACCAGAAGUAUUUAUUGUUGCUUGAUGAAGUUUUUUGCAAAUAUUGACUUGGAAAAAGUCGGCAUUAAUGAUGAACAUAAGGGAAAGAUGGUCAUUGCAUCGAGGUAUAAACAAGUGUUUAUGGGCAUGAAUGAAGUUAUAGAAGUGAAGAGACUGUCAGACAUUGAUGCCCAAAAUAUGUUCUGGGAUAGAGUUGGCAAGGAAUUGAAGGAUAAUCCACACAUCAAGAGAGAGGCAGAAUUGAUUAUCAAGUUCUGCAGUGGCAUGCCAUAUCUCAUAAAGUUGAUAGGAAAUUACUUGACUAAAAUGAGUCCGGCAGAAGAUGUAAACCUUCCAGCAGUAUGGCGAAACACAUGGGAUGAAUUAACAUCACCGACUGGGGAGCCCAAGGGAGAUUUGGAAACAGUUUACAAGUCCCUAAAACUUGAAAUUGACAGGCUGAAAACAAAUGACAAAUCUUGCUUUCUAUAUUUGGCAAGUUUUCCCUCUACCUAUGAACUUCUUCAUGAUAAUAUAAUUGAAUGUUGGAGAGCUGAACAAUUAUUAAAGGAUUUCGAAAAGCUCGGGGUGGCCCGUGACCGUGGGAGCAGUCUAUUGGUGUAUUUUCUCAACCAUUUUCUUUUGGAAAAGGGAACCAAGGAGGCUCAAUAUAAGAUGUUCGAGUUUUAUCAACGACUCGCCUCUAGAUUUGCCAAAAAUGACAAAAAUUAUAUUCGAGAACCAAGGAUCUUAAUGAUGGGCGAUUCAUUCCCAGACCCUUCGCCAGAGGAAUGCAAUUUUGAAGGAACCUCGACAUUGUUACUUCAGGAAAUUAGUUGCUUUCCACAGUUUCCAUCACCAGUCUAUGAACUUCUUCGACUUCUUGAAUUGUAUAAAGCAAAGAUUAAAAAUCUUCCAUCAUCAAUCUCCAGUUUGAAAAAUCUCAGAGGAAUGUACUUAAAGUAUUGUGAUCAAUUAAGAGUGCUCUGCGAUGAGGUGGGAGAACUUCAGAAUCUCGAAAUUCUUGACAUACGUCACACUGGAAUUUAUAAUUUGCCUCCAGUAGUAGGAAAUUUGACUACUCUUAAGUGUUUGAGAGUUUCAUUUAGGAAUAAUGUCACGAACCAAGUUAAUGGUUGGGCAAGGGAGAUGAUUUCUCCCAAGGUAAUUGCACGGCUUCAUUCACUGGAAGAGUUGGGUAUUGAUGCAAAUCCAACUGAUGGGAGAUGGGAUCAAAUUGUAGGGAGUAUUGUUACGGAAGUUGCUACUCUUAAAGAAUUAACCACUCUCUGUUUCUACUUUCCUACGGUGAAAAGCUUCAAGAAAUUUAUUAGUGAAAGUAAGUCAUGGAAUCGGAAACAUGAGUGGAAACCUGAAAGACUCAGAUCAUUCAAUAUCAUUGUUGGUCAGCAGCAAGAAGAUUCUCUUAUUGAAUUUGACAGCUCUAGAUGGUCAGCUGAAAAACUGUUGAGAUUCUCUUCAGGUGAAGGUGAAGACUUUCCUGAUGCGAUUUUGAAGGUAUUGAAGCAAGCAUUUUCUUUUGAGCUAAUUGCUCAUAAAGCCGCCAAUUUAUCAGUGUUCAGUGCUGACAAUCUAACAGGGCUUCAAGUUUGUACAAUUAAAAAUUGUCCUGAAAUGAAAAGCAUUAUUGAUGGUAGUGACGCUGCGUUUCAAUGCCUAAAUAAGUUGUACAUAGAUGAUCUUCCGAAAUUGGAGCAUAUUUGGAAAAAUCCAACAGUAUCAUCGAGUAGGCUUACCAAGCUCACAAAUUUAAAGCUAAAAGGAUGCCGCAGUUUAAGAGUUCUAUUCUCAGGGACUAUGGUUUUGGGCCUUAACCAGUUGCAGCAGAUUCAAAUUGAGGACUGCCAAGCCAUUGAAGAAAUUAUAGGGGACGGAAGUGUAGUUGCUUCUGGGGCCUUACCUAAGUUGAAGGAGUUGGAACUCGUUAAUCUUCCCUUAUUGUUUAACAUAUGCAAUGAUGCAACAUUGACCUGGAAAUCUUUGGAAAUGUUGAAGAUUGACGCAUGUGUGGAGCUAAAAAAUUUCCCAUCUACUUUCCAAAGGGCAGAGAAAUUGAGAUCGAUUUAUUGCACCGAAGAUCCAUGGAAGCAGUUGGUUUGGCCCAAUGACAACAAUGUUACAAAAAAUCGUUUCCAAAAUCUGCGUCGAUCCUUUUGAGGUAUAACUUAAAAUACACAACCCCUUUCUAUAUAUUUUUUUGCUUCUGUGUUUGAUGGUAAUCACCAAAGUUUAAAGGACUAAUUUACCGGCAUGGAUUUGCGGAUGGAAAUACAGUUGUUUUAGUCCACUUGAAUGAACCUCUUUCCAGGGGCAUGCUGCUGUAUGUCAAUUUUCCUUUUCCCCCCACCCCCCUUUUGGUUCUGCUUCUGGAUAUUGCCAGUUUUUGAAUUUCCUUUUUGGAGUUUGGUUCAUAGUUGGUAAAGUUGGCAAGUUCUUUAAUUUCUUUCUAAGAUCUGAGUGUGAUUUGGAAUAAAGAGUUGUGUUAUAUAUGUGAGAAGAGUAGAGCUCUUAAUUUCAUUUUGAUUAAUGAUUGAGUAACGAUUUGGAUUUUCUCCC